CAAAUACAAAUUGCAGGAAGCUGUGGCUUGCACACAUUGCAUAACUCAUUUAAGGGUGGAUUUGAAAUGUGGAUCGUGGAAAAGGUGCUGAAAGCACUUCAUUAUCUCUUCCAAUGCGCACCAGCCAGAAGAGAAGAUUUCAGCUCUGCAACUGAAUGCUCAACAUUCCCCUUGCCUUUCUGCGGGCAUAGGUGGUUGGAAAACCUGCCUGCUGUUGAAAGAGCAUUGGAAGUGUGGCCGUCCAUUGUGAAGUAUGUGGAUCUUGUGAGGGCGAAGAAAGUGAAGAAUCCGGGGACAUCGUCCUUUGACAGUGUUUGUGAAGCGCAAAUGGAUUCUCUUCUGCUGGCCAAAUUCCACUUUUUCAUGGCCAUAUCACGAGUGUUCCAGCCUUUUCUGACUAAAUAUCAGACAGAUGUGCCAAUGAUGCUGUUUCUUUGGGAGGAUUUGGAGACUCUGAUGCGGAACCUCCUCAAACGCUUCAUCAAGCGAGAGGCCCUGCCUCAGACACCAUAUAAACUGGUGAGGCUUGAUGUUGUUGACCACGCAAUGUGGCUGAGUCCCAAGGAAGUGGACAUAGGAAUGGGGGCAACUGUCGUGAUCAAGGUAGGGCUUUGCCUGUUUGAUAACAUGCUAAACGUGAAUAUAUUGGGAGUAUGAUUUCUUUCGAAACUUUUUGCAUACAAUUUAAGUAUUGUUAACCUUCUGUUAAGUGUUUGGAGAGAUGCUGGAAUUUUCACAACCAAUAUUCUCUUGUCAGGAGCUGUCAGGGGCCAAGGGCAGAAUAAGUGAACUUGGUGUGCUGCAAUUCAGAAAAGACUGCCAGAUUAUUCUCUCAAAAAUAUGCAAGAAAGCUUUGGAGAAGUGCCCAUUGAAGUAUACAGUUGUAAAAGAUAUGAUGUGUUUGAACCCCAAGAGAAUGCACUUGAACCCAGAUGACUGUCUGAAGAAAAUGAAGGCACUUGUACAGAAGUUUUUGCAGGACAAACAGUUGGCAGGCGGCAUAUCUACCGGUGAUGUCAUAUCCCAGCAGUUUGAGAAUGUCCUGCACAGUGAGGCCAAAGAAUUGGAGUUCCUCUCCUUCAGUCCUUCUGAAGGAUGCAGAGUUGAUGUGUUUUUGCAUCAGAAGUUGUCUCAGUCCUAUCCUGAUCUCUGGGCAUUCUGCAAAAAAUUGUUGCUCUUAUCCCAUGGCCAAGCUGAAGUUGAGCGUGGGUUUUCAACAAAUAAAGAGGUUGAAAUCUGCAACCUUUCGGAGGAGGGAAUGACUGCCCAUAGACUCAUCUGCGAUCAUGUUCGGGUGUAUGGAGGCGACGUGACCAGAGUGCCUCUCACAAAGGAGAUGAUCACUUACUGUGCCACAGCAAGAACCAGAUAUCGAACAUACUUGGAGGAGGAAAGAAACAAAAAGGAAGAAGAUGGCCAGAGGAAGAAAAGAAAGAUGAUGGUCGAUGAGCUUGAGGAGCUGAAAAGAAAGAGGGUGGCAUUGGAGGGGGUGUGUGAGGGUCUACAAAAUGAAGCGGACCAGAUGGCUGACAAAGCAGAAAAUUCUGGUGGGACAAAAAUGGCGACUCUAAUAACAAAAUCCAACACACUCAGACGUCGAGCUAAAGAAAAAAGGGAGGAGUUGGUUGGCCUGAAAGCUGACAUUGAGGAGAAAUCCGAUGCACUGAGGCAUUUAGAUAAGUAGUAAAACUGUAUUUAUUUCCUGACUGUUUAUGUGUACAUCAGUGCCCUACUAUUAAAAUAUUGAGAAGGCAGUUAAUGUUCUGUUUUAUAAACUGAAGAUGCACUGAUUUAUAAAAAAAUAAAUAUGCUUUGAGUUUGAACUUAUCCUUGACUGCGCCUUUUUACUGUAUGAAUAUUUGUUUUGCGGUAAUGGUCUUAUUUUUUAUUCUCAAAGGUCUUAAAAGGGUCUUAAAAAGCAUUAUAUUUGCUUGUCAGAAAUGUGCAGAGACC